AUGCAUCUGGAUUCAAUUAAACUUUGUCGAGAGGUUUCUUUCACAAGAAAGGUCACAAGAGAGGUUGCUCCCGUGAAGGAUUUGGAAAAGCAGUUUCUUUCUUGCAUCAAAGUGGAAGCGUUUUCUUGUGAGUUACGACCUCACGCUGUGGGCCCCACCCAAGUGAGCUUCCGAACCAACCAUAGAGGCUCUGAGUGGGCCCUACCAACAGUGCAUCCCAUUGUUUCGUCUUCCCUCUCUGGUGGAGUUCAAUGGACCCAAUGCUCCUACUUCCCUAGGGAUAGGUAA